GUAGUUCACUGCUGCGCUGGUAGUGUAUUGUUUCGCGAAUCGGUUCACGUUUUAAUUGCGCUUAGACACUCGAGCUGGUCGGUUGUGCUUAUUUAAUAACUCUGGAAGUUUCAGAACGGUGUUGACGGGUUUGUAUCAGCAGAGAAUGUAAAGUUAAGGUUUCCUUUUUUCUGGUAGUAAGUGUGAUGACAAUGGAUUUUCUGUUUUAGAACUUAAUCUCUUUUGCCGGUGAAGAUGCUUACAGUGCCUUGUAGGUGUAACAAGAAGAGAGGAGCAUUGUUGUGAAUAUAGAGCGAAGUAAGUGAAAAACGUGAUCAAAUUUGGAGGAAAAAUCCUAAUCGGUGUAGUAGAUUAAAUGAGAAGCUAGAGAAGUGACAAAUCGAAUCACAGAAGAAAAUUAAGGUGAUUGCAAUUCCAAAAGUCGAUUGAUUGUACAACAACCGUCCAGAAGCAGUGAUAAGAGAAAUCGUUUGACGGUUACGUCAGUGAAUUUGGAACAAAGGAAAAAUCUAUCAACAAUACAUCGGUCGACCAACUGCAGUAGUAAAUCACGUCGCCAUCGCAGCGCACUCCUCUCUGUCGCCUUAGAUUGGUGCAGAUGCUCAAGAAACCUUAAAGGCAUUUAUCACAAGCCCCGAAUCGUCGGCUUAGUCAUCACCGGCACCUAAUAUGUCAGCCCCUUCGUGCUGGAAGAUCCUAACGCGGAAGAAAAUACUCUCCCUCGACAGUGAUGGAUCGGACAAUGGCAAGCUGGGACGGAUAUUGAAUACGUUCGAUCUGACCGCCCUCGGUGUCGGAGCUACCCUCGGAGUGGGGGUAUACGUUCUGGCCGGACAUGUCUCGAAGGACCAAGCAGGACCCUCGGUUGUGCUGUCUUUCCUUAUAGCGGCCGCUGCCUCCUUUCUAGCUGGCCUUUGCUACGCAGAAUUCGGAGCCCGAGUACCAAAGUCCGGUUCGGCAUACAUCUACAGCUAUGUAUGCAUCGGCGAGUUUAUGGCCUUCAUCAUCGGUUGGAACCUGAUGCUGGAGUACAUCAUCGGUUCGGCAAGCGUUUCGCGGGGGCUGAGUCUGUACAUCGACACGUUGGCCAACGAUACGAUGAAGAUACGCUUCCGGGAGAUUGCCCCCAUGGAGUGGGACUUUAUGUCCAGCUAUUUCGAUUUCUUCGGGUUUUCGGUGGCGAUCUUAUUGGGAGUCGCCCUGGCCUUCGGCCUCAAGAAGUCAACCAUGGUGAACAACUUCUUCACGGUGCUGAACAUCGGGAUAGUGCUGUUUGUUAUCAUUGCGGGAGCGAUCAACGCGGACAUCUCCAACUGGCACAUCAAUCCGGCCAACGUGUCUUCGAUCUACAACGUGGGAGAAGGCGGGUUUUUCCCGUUUGGGUUCGAGGGCACCCUAAGGGGAGCGGCGACAUGCUUUUUUGGAUUUGUAGGCUUUGACUGUAUUGCUACGACCGGAGAGGAAGUUCGGAAUCCUCGGAAGGCGAUUCCUAGGGCGAUUCUAUUAUCGUUGUGCACGAUCUUCUUGGCAUACUUUGGAGUGUCGACAGUGCUGACACUGAUGUGGCCCUACUACAAACAGGAUGUCAACGCCCCACUUCCGUUUGUGUUCAACGAAAUCGGAUGGACAUUUGCCAAGUGGACAGUGGCAAUCGGUGGAAUUAUCGGACUCGUAGCCAGCCUGUUCGGUGCGAUGUUCCCUCAACCAAGAAUCAUUUACGCAAUGGCACAGGAUGGACUGGUUUUUCGAGCUUUGGGUGACGUUAGCCAUCGGUUCAAGACUCCAGUGUUUGGAACGCUCUGUGCUGCCCUUCUAACCGGAACGAUGGCCGGUUUGUUCGAUUUGAAAGCUCUAGUCAAUAUGCUGUCGAUUGGUACGCUGAUGGCGUACACCGUAGUAGCGAUCUCAAUACUCAUUCUUAGAUUUUCCGAAGCUCCCAAAACUGACUCCAUUCCAUCAACCAGUAAGCAAGCGUUCGAAUCUUCAAAUCUUCUGAAGUCCGGUGACCGAAUGACAGGAUCCGCCUUCAUGAAACAACUUUUCAACGUAUCCUGCCUCAGGAUACCUUCCCACGCAUCGACCAGUGUUGUCGGAGUGCUGGUUACCCUAUAUUGCGUCGUAGCCCUGGCCCUCUCCUUGACGAUCUUCUACGCCAAGCAACCACUGUAUGAUCUGGAACCAUGGGCAUUAACGCUGGCCGGCAUUCUUCUCGGUUUACUGCUGCUGGUACUGCUACUGAUAUCGAUUCAACCGCGGGAAACGGCCGAGGCACCAUUCAAAGUUCCCUUCGUACCACUGCUGCCCGCAAUCAGUAUUUUCGUCAACAUCUACCUGAUGCUGAUGCUGGACGUCUACACAUGGAUCCGCUUUGGGAUCUGGAUGGCAAUCGGUCUACCUAUGUACGUAGCAUGUGUAUAUUUCGGUAAUAAAAGCCUAAAGAGUGAUACCAAACAGGCGCAGAGUCCCCGACCUAGUCAAAAUGGGCACCUGCAUUGUUCAGAAGGGGUAGAAAACGGAGGUUUUGAGAAUAGCGAAAUCUCGACGACAAUCACGUCAAACGGGUACUACUCACAAAAUCUAAGUGCCGUAAUCAAUGGUGGGGAUGAAAAGCAACUGAAGCUGAUUCCCGUGGCAGGAGUGGAAAGGCCAAAGAUUGACAAGGAGGAAGAAGUUGUUCAAACCAAAGCUAAGUCGAGAACUCCAUCUCCAAAGAGCAGCAUAGACGAGAUCGUAGCCCUUUCCGAACUGUCCGAUCUAGUGACCGAGAAGGUUGAACCGAAUGGUAAGGCCUACUUUGUGGAGGAUGUGAACGAGAAAAAUUCCGAUCAAUCGAUCGAGGAAACCAGCAAAGCCAUCGCCAUCUUGGAUGAUAUAUUGAAUGAUGAGGAGAAAACGAUGGACAAUGUGUAUCGAUCGUUGGACGACGAGUCAUUAGCUAGUCCGGUGUUCCGGGAGCAGUCGGUAAUUGCAGAUAUCCAUCGUGAGGAUGAGAUCUCAAUGCCACCCUUUGAAGAAUCUCCCGUGGAACCGAUUCAGGAGGAAUCUCCACCAUCUCCUAUAAAGCUGGAUCCUCCACCAAUACGUGCGAGGGCAGCAUUCGUAGUUGGGCAAGACGAGAAGCGUACCGCGGAUUCAGACGAGGAAGAAAUUCACUACAAUCGGCUGGACAGUCAAAAGCAGAAACAAUUUAUGACUCGGUUGAGUACCCUGUUGAUCAAUCCUAAGCAAAUGCCAGUCAAAAAAAAGAACACAAAAUCAACAACGGACGAAAGUGCUGAAAGUCCUGAGCUAAAACGCAGCAACAGUGAACCUAGUUUUCUUCUACUCAUAGAAAACAAUGUGAACAACGAAAGCGAGACUGACAGUCCGGAAAGAUCUCCGAACGAAACCGUACCUCCUCCUCCAAAGUUUGAUGAAGCCCUCUUCAACACCAUCAAGCCCGAGAGUGAGCUGGAGAAGGUGCAAAGCCCCCAACCGGACAUCACAGCCGAAAGCCCAGUUCCUGCAGCACCCAAAUUUGAUCCGGUGUUCUACAACACCCUAGGUCGUGAGAAAUCCAAACGGUCCACUAUACUCUCCCCACCGAUAACUACCUCAGGCUACAGCGAAGUAACGCUUCGGAAGCUCAAUCCGCAGUCUACACCUCCGGCCGUGGACAGCAGAACCCCCGACGACGAUGAAGAGUCUUCGGACAAUCCUCGCGAAGCGUUCAAGUCCAAACUGGAACAACUACUGUCACGAGGACCAGCACCAAAUAUUCGCCCAAAAACCUUACCUCCUCUAGUGCUAGACCGACAAGCGGCCUUAAAUCCCACCCCGGAGUCGUUGUCGUCGUCGGAAGCACAGCUACCCACCUCCAAUGGUGCUGAACCACCUGCCAAUACAAACCCCUCCACGCCCAGCAACUUUCGGGCGUUGGCAAAAACCUUCGACACAACCAAGAAGAAGCAGAAGCUGAUCUUUGACGAUGUUCUGAAGGAGAUCAAUCCGGACACUCGACCCAGCAGCAUACGAAGCUCGCUCGAACAUCGAAUGUCGUUUUCUGAGUUCAAGAACGGCCUCAAGAAGACGGUGCCUUCGAAACAGUUCCUGCCCGAUGCGUGAUCCAUGGUUGGUGUUAUUGUUCAAGAGAUGCUCUAUUUAUAACUUUCAUUGGAUGCUCACAUUACGCCGGAUGCGAAAUGGAUCAGGAUGGCAGCGAGAGCAUAUCCACCCGUAGCCAAACAACUCAAAUCGACCAAAGCAGCUAAUGUAGCAGCCGGAUUGCAUGAUUCCAUGUCUGUAGAGUAAAUGAUGAUCAGUUUGCAUGUCUUAUGUAUUUAGAUCGCUACACGAGCUCAGCUGAACCAGUAAGCAUGACGACGGCGGCUUACUAAACCAACUAAAUUUUCCAAAACAAUUCCUCCCCGGUGUGCAUACAACACAUAAUAACCCUCGCUAACCCACAAACCGAUCAACGAUCAAUCAUCAAAUACCCGAAAAGUGCAUGUAAGUGAGCAAGCUAACCCGUGGCUCGUCGAAGCCGUCAGUAAAUGCUCACGAAAACGACCAAAUUUAUGAAAUGCCGUAAACAAUUAAAACUCACCCUACUCGCAUAUUGUUGUUGUUAUUGUUGCUGCUGCCGACGCUGCUGCUACUCCACCUACCAAUUCACCAGGUUUGGCCCUGUACGCGCUCUACGGAUUCCGGAACAGCUACCACGAGGUGUACUCCAGCCAAUCCGGGUGGACCAAGCUCAAGUAUGUUCGUU